UUCGCGGUUGUCAGACCCUGUAGGUCUGUGGAAAUGUAAGCUGCACCGGUCGCAUGAUGCGGGAAGAAAAGAGAACAAACCCCAGUUAAAGGAAGUGCGAUGAUAACACAACAUAACGGCGCAGUGACUGCCUGCUUUACCGAAGACUGUACACGAUGCCGCAACAGCGAGUGUUCGCCCUGCCGAGACAACAAUCUCUGCUCCUUCCUGCGGUCAUCAACCCGUUCGUUCAAGACACCAAAAUAUCCAAGACUGCAGUAAUAAAAUGUGUCCUGCUGGGAAUUUUCCUGGUGCCUCUUCGGGUCAUCCUCAUGUCUCUGGUUCUGACGUUGACCUGGCCGGUGGCUUUUAUAAUCACCUUCAAACAACCUUUAAAAGGAGCAGUGGAGCCAAUGACAGGCUGGAGACGGCUCAUGUGCAAAAGAGUGAUGGCUGCCUUGGGGAGGGCCUACUACUUUGCCAUGGGAUUCAGAGUUGUGGUGAAGGGUAAACAGGCCAGCAGCCUCGAAGCCCCCAUUCUGGCGGUGGCCCCCCACUCCUCCUUUUUCGAUGCGAUUGCAUGCCUUAUAUCCGGCCUGCCCUCCACUGUCUCUCGGGUUGAGAACCUGGCUACGCCCAUCUUUGGCAGAAUUAUCCGUUGUUUCCAACCAGUGCUGGUCUCUAGAACUGAUCCAGACUCCAGGAAGAACACAAUAUUGGCGAUCGAAAGUCGGGCUAAAUCUGAAGGCCAUUGGCCGCAGGUGCUGAUAUUUCCAGAGGGAACAUGCACAAACCGCUCAUGUCUUAUCACUUUUAAACAAGGUGCCUUUAUCCCAGGGGUUCCAGUGCAGCCUGUUCUUCUUAGAUAUCCCAACAAAAUGGAUACAGUGACCUGGACGUGGCAAGGUCAUACCGCGAAUAUGGUGCUGCUGCUGACAUUGUGCCAGCUCUACACCACCGUGGAGGUUGAGUUCCUGCCACCAUACGUCCCCAAAGAGGAUGAGAAGAAAAGCCCCGCUCUUUUUGCCAGCAGAGUGAGAGACAUCAUGGCCAAGGCUUUGGGCGUUCCAAUGACAGACCACACUUAUGAAGACUGCCGCCUCAUGAUCUCAGCUGGAGAGCUAACGCUUCCCAUGGAGACUGGCCUGGUGGAGUUCACUAAAAUCAGUCGAAAACUUAAUCUGAAGUGGGACUGUUUGAAGAAGGAACUUGAGAGUUUUGCAGCCAUGGCCUCUUCCUGCAAGGGAGGGAACAUAACCAUUGAGGAGUUUGCGAGGAUCCUAAAGCUUCCUGUAAACCCCGCUCUUGCUGAGUUAUUUACCUUGUUUGACAGGGACGGGGAUGGCACAAUUGACUUCAGGGAGUAUGUUAUCGGUGUCAACAUCUUGUGCCGACCAGCAAACACCGAAGAUGUUCUAAAAAUGGCUUUUCAGCUGUUUGACAUGGAUGAAGAUGGGGAAGUCUCCCUCGAUGAGUUUAACGCUCUGCUGCGUUCUGCUCUGGGAGUGCCAGACCUGGACAUGACAAAGCUCUUCAACGAGAUUAAUGCAGAUGGUUCUGGUUUUAUCACUUUCAAUGAGUUUCAGAUGUUUGCCUCAAGCCACCCCGAGUAUGCCAAACUCUUCACAACCUACCUGGAGCUUCAGAGAUACCAAGCAAGCCAAGAGGCAAUGCCGGGUGAUCUGGAAUUAGCCGGGCAAAUCCGUAAAGGAGAAGCAACUGAGGACAGCAUCUCUGACAAAAAGGAUGACUGAGACUACCAAUACCUGUAAACUUUGCUUGAUUGCAGAAAAACAAAUAACAAAAUAAAAACAAAUUCAAGGUCAACUUGUUGCCAUCUAAGUCAAACAAUUAAAGCAUUUGAUUUUAGAGUGCUUUUUUAUUUAAAAAAGUAGUGCCUUAUAGAUUUUAAAUUAAUAAUCGCAUAACGAGUACUUGUCAUAGGAUGAAAAAAAAGUAAAAUAAGAUUAAUCUUCUGUUAAAAAUCAUCUUGGCAUAGCAGGACAUGGUCAUUCUCCAUAGUUAGACUUGAAUCCUAUUUUUAUUUCUUUUUGUAGAAUCACUCUGUUGCACUGAGAUGAACACAACCCUGUGCACCUUAUUCUUUGUCUUUGUGGUUUGUAUUUACAUAAGAAACAAAAAUGCCAAACCACCGUAUCUUUAAUCAUAAGCAAAGGAUCCCUGUGCUUCUGUGUUGCUGUAUAAUUAGUGUUCAGUAAGCUGCAGUAAGAGCUUUCCAGUCUGGUGAGCCAGAGUUAUAUUCUGUAUGAAAGCUAUGUUUACAAUGAACAUAGAUGCUGCGCCUUACACUUUUUUGCAGCGCUCAGGGACAUAAACCUUGUAAGACGUCUGUGUAAUUAGACAGAAGUUUGCUUUGCAUGUGUACCUAUUUGCAUUUCUACUGAUGAUGGUUGUUGCUGAGACAGCAGAGUGCCUGUGCUGCUUUAAGUUGACUAAAGCAAAUCAAGCAUUGAAAAUAGGGCAAUUUGUGAGCAAAAAGCCAACAGUGCUUCUUCACAGCAGCAUAUUCCAUAGGGGUAAUAAGCCACAUUGUUAUUUAUUUAGCAGAGCGUAUUGCAAUUAUGUGAGCCGUGUUAUUGUUUGUUUGGGUUUUUUUGUUUUUUGGGGGAAAAUUGCAAAGUUUGCUUUUUAGAAUAAAACAAUAACAGAA